AUGAACGACGAUGUUGACGUUACAAGAGCGGCAAAUGAAUUGGAGCAGCUUGGAUUUCGUAUUAGUGGAUCGACAAAGCUGAAACAGUUUUUAUCAAAAUCGCGCAAGGUCAACACAUUUUGUGGCGCGAUCGGCAAAUUUGAACUGGAAAAUCGUAUUCAGAUGAAACAUCUACGUCCAGCUCUUGAACUCUUGGAUAAUCAAAAAAUUAGCAGAUUUGAGUUCUAUGAAGCGAGUAUCCAAAAACUUUGCGAAAAAAUUAUCGAAAGGAUUGAACAACUUAGCGAAAGCGACAAAGAAGAAGAUCGACGAAAACUUGAAACACUUCUUGAACGAUAUUUCUACACCUAUAGAAUACCUUAUUUUCGACCAAUUGUGGUGAAACUUUUGGAAACGGUUCCUGAAUUGCAGGAAAAAUAUGUAAAUAUUGUAUGCGCAGAUCCGUCUUUGUAUAAUUCGUGUGGAUUGCAAGUUAAAAGAGCCGCGUGGAAACACAACCAACAUUUGUUCCUUGAUUCGAUUCAACCAAUUAUCGAUAGUUAUAUAAAAAUGGAAAUCAUCAUGGCUGCUCACGAUCUAAAUAUGGAACGAAUAACUAAUUACGAUCAUUUACAUGGGUUUGCAUGGGCAUUAGAUACUCUUAUUCGUGAUAAGAAACUCGACACAUCGCAUUUACAAAAACUUAAAUCAUUACUUGAUGCUAUGAUGUCGAAUGAGGAGGUCGAGAUUGGAUCAAAUCUUCCCCGCGAAUCUGUUCCUAUUCAAGUAAUUGUCCAACUUCUUGUUGUCUCUGCUCAGCUCUAUAAAAUUUCUGAUUCUUGGCUGGUUCCAAGUGACGAAGAUAACCAAACUAUUAAGUUCAUCACGGAGUUCUUACCGAGUUUUUCGGCAAUGUUGUGUGAAGAUACUAUUAGAAAUGAGCUAUAUAAACGCAAUACGGAACCAUGCGAUUCUCCAGAUAUUACAAUCGCAAAUUAUAGCAAGAAUCCACCAGAUGAGGUUAUCCAAUGGCUUGAAAAUUCGGAACUUGCUUGUAUUUUAUGGCUGCAUCAUUGUCUUUCAAUUUUGCCAAAAGAACCAGAUUUCAUGGAUUUUCCAGGCCUUCUACGAUAUUUCAGUCAACUUCCAACUGUAUUCAAAACGGUUCGAAAUUCAUUUAUGAAGUUACAAGUGAAAGAUGAAGACAUCAAAUACUUGGUUUUGCGCUUGAUAAAUCAGCUCGGAUUCAUUUGGGGUGUGCCGAUUUGUCUUCAAAUGAUGGAUAUCAUACAGCCAAUAAACGGAAAAGUAGUUUUGGGUUCACAUUGUGAUGUUGAACGAUAUAGCGAUGAUUUUUUACGAGUUGUUGAAAAACUUCAGCCAAAAAAUGUGUCAGUGCCGAUGUCGAAUUCCAAUUUUGAACCGAUGCCUUUUCGAAGAAAAUUUGGAAAUGAGGCGGCUUCUUCGAGUUCUCGAACGUUGGCUGAUCUUGAGCCGGCUCCUCCUCCAAUUUACGAUCCGAAUGCAUUUGUUGAUGCUUCCGGUUCUGCCAUUGUUCGACCCGUCGUAACUGGAGCAUGCAAGAAAUGCGGAUAUCCCGGUCAUUUGGCUUACCAGUGUCGGAAUUACAUUCAACUCAAACCAAAUGUUUCGACUGUUGCUUAUGAGCUAAGCUCAACUUCUUCGGAUGAAAGCGAUGAAGAAGAAACACCGCUAGUGAAAGAUACAAAAAAGAAAAGAAAGAAAGAGAAAAAAGAAAAGAAGAACAAGAAACACAAGAAGAAAACAAAGAAAAGACGAGCUAAAGAUUCAUCUGAUUCUGAUUCUGACGAGGAAGAACGAAAGAAGAAAAAGAAGAAGAAGAAGAGGAAGCGAAGACAUGGAAGUUUUAGCACUUCAAUUUCAGAUUCGGAUUUGGAGGAAGAGCGAAAAACAAAGAAAAGGAGUAGAAGAACGCGUCAAAAUUCUUCGUCAUCUGAUGAAUCUGAAGCUUAUGCCGAUUCUGGAAAAAGUGAUAAGAGGAAGCAUCACAAGAGAAAAAGAUCGCCGAGCUGUUAA